AUGCAUCAAAAAUUCUGCUCAGUUAACGGAAAGACAAUCGCCAAUUUUGUGUGUCGCAAAUGUCCGCAAUGCUAUCGCCUAAACCCUGCUCCAGUUUCUCAACCCGUUGGCCAAUUGCCAAAGUCCCGCACAGCACCAUGUAGAGCUUUCACCGUAGUUGGAGUGGACUACUGCGGACCCGUUUACUUAAAACCAGCGCACCGACGAGCAGCACCACGGAAGGCAUUCAUUGCCGUAUUUGUUUGUUUCGCCUCCAAAGCCGUGCAUCUGGAAUUGGUCUGUGACCUAUCCACAGAGGCCUUUAUUGCAGCCUUACGUCGCUUCAUCGCACACCACGGGAUGCCAGCAGAAAUCCAUUCGGACAACGGUACAAAUUUUCAAGGGGCGUCGAAUACGUUGACCGAAUUAUACCGUCUUCUCGAAGCGAAACACACCAGAGAAUCAAUCAACCGAGAAUGCAGCAAACACCGAAUUCAGUGGCACUUCAUUCCGCCAAGAGCACCAACCUUCGGCGGUCUAUGGGAGGCCGCUGUGAAAACCGCGAAAACAACACUGAGAAAAGUGCUCGGAAAAACGCAGCUGUCCUACGAAGACUACGCAACAGUGCUAGCACAAAUCGAGGCAAACAUGAACAGCCGACCGCUUACGUCCUUAUCCAUCGAUCCUAUUGAGCUAGAUGUCCUCACUCCCGGUCAUUUCAUCAUCGGGGCACCGCUUAUAAGCCUCCCGGAACCAAACUACGUGCAAAUUCCCACCAACCGACUAAACCACUACCAACAGUUGCAAAAAUUGGUCCAGCAGCACUGGGAUCGCUGGAGGAAAGAAUACCUCACAGAACUGAACCAUCGUCGAGAGAAAACAACACUUCCCAUUGAUGUCCACAUCGGCCAAAUUGUUUUUGUUCAGGAGGACGGCAAACCUACCAUCGAUUGGCCUAUUGCACGCAUCGAACAAAUUCAUCCUGGAGCAGACGGAGUAGUAAGGGUCGUAACUUUGCGAACAGCUAGUGGAACCUACAAACGACCUGUGACCCGAAUUUUUCCUCUUAAUUUCGACCAGCAACCGAUGAAUGCCGUAGCCGAUAUUUCCGAUACGCAGUUAGCUGAAAAUAUAGAUAAUUAA